AUGCCCGGGACCACGCAAGGCCCAAAGAUCGCAGCUUUGACUCGCUUGUGGUGGGCAAAACAGCAGCUGAGUGGUCGCUUUCCGUUACUGGUCCAUGAGCUGCAUCUGAAGCAUGGCGAGAUUGUCCGCAUCGCGCCCACAGAGCUUUCAUUCUCUGGAGCUGCGGCGUGGAAGGAUAUCUAUGGGUUCCGCAAUGGCUUACCCGAAAAUCGCAAGGAUCCCGGCGAGAACACGGAUGCGGAUCACAGGCAUCCCACAAUCAUCAAUGCGAACAGACAGACCCACGGCGACCUUCGCAAGCUGCUAUCGAAUGCGUUCUCAGAUAAGACACUCAAGGGGCAGGAGCCGGUACUGCUGCAUUAUGUCGACCUGCUCGUUGAGCGUCUCAAGGAAGAGUCCGCCAAGGAGCCAAUAAUGGACAUCGUGCGGUGGUACAACUAUGUUACAUUCGACAUCAUCGGCCACCUGGCGUUCUAUGAGCCUUUCGACUGUCUGAAGAACACAGAUUACCAUCCCUGGAUGAGCAUGAUCUUCAAUGCGAUCCUCUAUGUCCACUGGAUCAGGACACUGCAAAGAUUCUUUGACGUCCGGUCUUUGAUCCUGCGCAUCAUGCCAAAGAAGAUGGUGGCACGGCGCAGGUGGCACAUCGGCCUCGUCGAGGAGAAGGUUAGGCGCCGUAAGACACGCGAGCCAGAAUAUGUGGACUUCAUGUCUCAUCUGCUGAAGGCAGAAGAGGCUGGCAAAUUGACCAUCCCAGAUCUGGUUGCCAACGCCAACCUAAUGGUAAUUGCUGGAAGCGAGACAACGGCUACGAUCCUGUCUGGGACGACAUAUUUCCUGCUCACUCACCCCCAUGUCAUGAAGACUUUGAAAGAAGAAAUCCGUACCAGCUUUACUAGUCCAGAUGAGAUCAACAUCGCAGAAGUCAGCAAAUUGCACUACAUUAAUGGUGUGCUUGAUGAAUCCUUCCGGCUGUAUCCUCCGGCGGCAGGGUCGCAUCCUCGAAUGACACCGCCAGAGGGAGCCAAUAUCGUGGGCCAAUGGCUGCCAGGCAACACAUCCAUGGGGAUGGCCCAAUAUGCAGUCUUCCGCUCCCCAACAAAUUUUGCUGAUCCGGAGAAAUUCCUUCCAGAGAGAUGGUUCAGCAAUGACCCGAAGUAUGCCAAUGACAAACGAGAGGCUCUACAACCAUUCUCCUUCGGGCCAAGAAAUUGCAUAGGCCGCAACCUAGCGAAUAUUGAGAUGAGGCUGAUUUUAGCAAAGCUCAUAUGGCAUUUCGAUCUUGAGUUGAUGCCAGAGUCGCAGGACUGGAUCGAUCAGCAGUACAUCUAUACGACGUGGGAGAAAGUACCCUUGAAGAUCAAGGUGACACCAGUAAGGCUUUAG